GCCGCCCAAGUCAGCAGCCAAAGGAAAGGCCCCAGCAGCCAAGGGCAAGAAGGGCAACAAUGACGGUAACCGAGACAUUUUCGAUAUGAGAACAGGAACUUGAUGGACAUGGACUUGAACGAAUGAAUGAACAAGAGGCAGGUCAGAACAAGGAACGACUGAGCUCACCAUGUCUCGCGCUCGCUCUUAUCAUAGACGACGACUCCAAAGGUGGCAAGGCCCUCAAGACUGCCAACAGCAUAAAAGUCCGCCAUAUUCUGUGCGAGAAGCAGGGUAAAGCACUGGAAGCCAUUGAGAAACUGAAGUCAGGGCUCGCGUUCAACAAGGUCGCUGAGGCAUACAGUGAAGACAAAGCCAAGGAAGGAGGAAGUCUGGGCUGGAUGGUGCGAGGCUCAAUGGUCGGUGCAUUCCAGGACGCAGCAUUCCAGCUUCAGCCCAGCUCAACGGCUAAGCCGAUCUACACAGACCCACCCAUCAAAACCCAACACGGAUACCAUGUCAUCAUGGUGGAGGACCGAAAGAAUUAGUGGCGAUAAAAGCGAAUGGUGCGGAACAAAGAGCACACAUUUGAACUGGUAAAGGACCCAGGAACAUUGUGAGAGGGUGUUUAUAAUAAACAUUGUGGCCGACACUCACGUUCCAAUCACCUACAGUUGCAUCGACAAGCGUUGUGUGUCAGCAACAGUGUGAAGUUCAAGAAUGAACGGUAAAUUCACGUACGGCCUUGCAG